AUGAUGCCGGGCUUCGUGGCUUCACUUCCGGUGCAGAAGCCCCACGUCAGUGUUUCUGCUCGCUGGGACUCGGAGGCGGAGGAGACGGAGCCCUGACCGCCGCGGCUUGUUGUGGGUUUUCCGAGCUUGUGUUCUCCGCGGACUGGAGCCGACAUGGCGGACGAGGCGACGCGGAAGCUGGUGUCGCAGAUCCCGCUGCUGAAGACGCACAGCGGCCCGCGGGACCGGGAGCUGUGGGCGCAGCGGCUGAAGGAGGAGUACCAGGCGCUCAUCCGGUACGUCGAGCAGAACAAGGCCGCCGACAACGACUGGUUCCGGCUCGAGUCCAACCGCGACGGCACCCGCUGGACCGGCAAGUGCUGGAUCAUCCACGACCUGCUCCGCUACGAGUUCCAGCUGGAGUUCGACAUCCCGGUCACGUACCCGGCCACGGCGCCGGAGCUCCUCAUCCCGGAGCUGGAGGGCAAGACGGCCAAGAUGUACCGCGGCGGGCGGAUCUGCCUGACCGAGCACUUCCAGCCGCUGUGGGCGCGCAACGUGCCGCGGUUCGGGCUGGCGCACCUGAUGGCGCUCGGGCUCGCGCCGUGGCUGGCCGUGGAGGUGCCGGACCUGAUCAGCAAGGGGCUCGUGCGGCACGACGAGCCGCGCGGCCCCGGCGGCUCGAGCGGCUAGCAGCCAGCACGGGGCCUGGAGGGACCUGCGGCAUGACAACACCUGUCACCUGUCACCUGUCACCUGGGACCUGGGACCUGAUCUGUGAAUAUUAUACAUAUUACUCACAUAUCGUCCGCUAAUUGCAAAAUGUGUAGAUACUGUCGGCGGGGUUGGAUUGGGUUUUGUGUUUUGAGAAACUAAAUAAAUGAUAUGAUAAAUGUGUGGACCAA